GGGAGAUAGGAGUAGGGUUGCGGACCGAGCUCGGGGCCCCGUGGCUCAUGCGGGCACUGGCCAGUGGAUGGCAGGGCUGGUCCUGAAGUUGAGUUUGAGAGGCGACACGGCGGCGGCGGCCGCGCUGCUCCCGCUCCUCUGUCUCCCCAUGGAUAUGCACUGCAAAGCAGACCCCUUCUCCGCGAUGCACCCAGGGCACGGGGGUGUGAACCAGCUUGGGGGGGUGUUUGUGAAUGGCAGGCCCCUGCCCGACGUGGUGAGGCAGCGCAUCGUGGAGCUGGCCCACCAGGGUGUGCGGCCCUGCGACAUCUCCCGGCAGCUGCGGGUCAGCCACGGCUGUGUCAGCAAAAUCCUGGGCAGGUACUACGAGACCGGCAGCAUCAAGCCCGGAGUGAUCGGCGGCUCCAAGCCCAAAGUGGCAACACCCAAAGUUGUGGACAAGAUUGCCGAAUACAAGCGACAGAACCCGACUAUGUUCGCCUGGGAGAUCCGGGACCGGCUCCUGGCGGAGGGCAUCUGUGACAACGACACAGUGCCCAGCGUCUCUUCCAUCAACAGGAUCAUCCGGACCAAAGUUCAGCAGCCUUUCCACCCAACGCCGGAUGGAGCUGGGACUGGAGUGACUGCCCCUGGCCACACCAUCGUUCCCAGUACGGCCUCCCCUCCUGUUUCCAGCACCUCCAAUGAUCCAGUGGGAUCCUACUCCAUCAAUGGGAUCCUGGGGAUCCCUCGCUCCAAUGGCGAGAAGAGGAAACGUGAUGAAGAUGUGUCUGAGGGCUCAGUCCCCAAUGGAGAUUCCCAGAGUGGCGUGGACAGUUUGCGGAAGCACUUGCGAGCCGACACCUUCACCCAGCAGCAGCUGGAAGCUUUGGAUCGGGUCUUUGAGCGUCCUUCCUACCCUGACGUCUUCCAGGCAUCAGAGCACAUCAAAUCAGAGCAGGGGAACGAGUACUCCCUCCCAGCCCUGACCCCUGGGCUUGAUGAAGUCAAGUCGAGUCUAUCUGCAUCCACCAACCCCGAGCUGGGCAACAACGUGUCGGGCACGCAGACAUACCCCGUUGUGACCGGUCGUGACAUGGCGAGCACCACUCUGCCUGGUUACCCCCCUCACGUGCCCCCCACUGGCCAGGGAAGCUACCCCACCUCCACCCUGGCAGGAAUGGUGCCUGGGAGCGAGUUCUCCGGCAACCCGUACAGCCAUCCCCAGUACACGGCCUACAACGAGGCUUGGAGAUUCAGCAACCCCGCCUUACUAAGUUCCCCUUAUUAUUAUAGUGCCGCCCCCCGGGGCUCCGCCCUGCCGCUGCUGCCGCUGCCUAUGACCGCCACUAGUUACCGCGGGGACCACAUCAAGCUUCAGGCCGACAGCUUUGGCCUCCACAUCGUCCCCGUCUGACCGCCCACCCCGGAGGGAGGGA